CACUGUUGCAUCCAGAAAUUUGGACAGACCACUGGACCGAACAUGGAGAUGCGGUAUCGUAGGGCUUUGCAAUUAUUGUUGGUUGUAUGUGUAAUUCAUAUUGCCACCGCGGAAGAGACAGAGGUUCAAAGAGUAGCAAGGCAAGCAGGUUCUGAUUACUGGGGCGAGUGGGGAGAGUUUGGUCUGUGCUCAAGGACGUGUGGAGGGGGUGUGUCCUUUCAAGAAAGAAAGUGUCAUUCCAUCAGAACUGAUGGUGGACAUAGUUGUGUUGGAGCAAAUAGGAAUUACAGAUCGUGUAAUAUCCAAGACUGUCCUGAGGGAUCCAGAGACUUCAGAGCCGAGCAGUGUUCAGAAUAUGAUGAGGUUCCCUUUGAAGGAAAAUACUAUAAAUGGGUUCCAUAUACAGGAGCACCAAAUAAAUGUGAAUUGAACUGCAUGCCAAAAGGAGAACAUUUUUAUUAUCGUCACUCAUUGCAAGUUGUAGAUGGAACACGAUGUAAUGCAGAUUCCCCUGAUGUCUGUGUCGAUGGUUCAUGUCAGAAUGUUGGAUGUGAUUUUAUGUUGGGCUCCAAUGCACGGGAAGAUAAAUGCAGAGAAUGUGGUGGAGAUGGUAGUAGUUGUAAAACAGUGGAAGGUGUUUUUGAUCUCCAAGGGAUUCCUGUCGGAUAUAAUGAUAUGAUCUUGAUCCCAGCUGGUGCAACCAACAUUUUGAUAGAGGAGCUGACAGCAUCAGAUGACUUUUUGGCUAUUAGAAAUGGAAGUGAACACUACUAUCUGAAUGGUGAUUGGAGGAUCAGUCCACCAACCGUAAUCAAUGCCGCAGGAACGCUACUUUACUAUGAGAGAAAAACAAAUGCAUACCCAGCCCCAGAAGUGAUCCGUGCACUGGGGCCUACAACUGAACCAAUCUUUAUUGUUCUUCUAUCCCAAGGAAUUAAUUCCGGUGUGAAAUAUGAGUAUUCUAUCCCUCAUGGAGUGAAUAGUCCGGAUCCUGACAUAUAUUCCUGGGUGUUCGAUAAUUUUGGUGAAUGUUCCCAAAAGUGUGGUGCUGGGUACCAACUGAGAGGUGUGACAUGUGCCAGAAAUCAUGAUUACAAAACAGUUGCUGAUUAUUUGUGUGAUGCAGAGUUGAAACCUACCCAUAAUAAAACAUGUAACACACAGCCAUGUCCUGCUAUGUGGUUUGUUGGUGAAUGGAGUCCCUGUUCACAUUCUUGCGGACGCCAUGGGACACAAGUACGACUGGUUUACUGUGAACAGAUAUUGCAAGGUACGGUACCGGCUGUGGUUGAUGAAGCAUUCUGUCGUUCAAGAGAAGGCCCCAAACCAGUUUAUGCUAGGCACUGUAAUGAAGAUAUUGAAUGUCCACAAUGGCAAGUGGGACGCUGGUCUAGGUGUUCUGCACAAUGUGGUGAUGGUAUUCAGAGGAGAGAUGUGACUUGCACUUCAAAUAGCGUUGUUCCCGAUGACCAUUGUGAUGAACUUGAGAAACCAGACGUCAAAAAAGAUUGUAAUCUUGGUCCUUGUGAGGGAGUGGAGUGGAUGGUUUCACAUUUUAGUGAGUGUUCUCAAGACUGUGGUCGUGGUCUAAAAACACGACAAGUAUACUGUGCUAGUCAGACUGGAAUUAUCUUUCCUGAUGAACUCUGUAAUGAGAAGAGAAUGCCUAAAAUAGUAGAGGAAUGUUUUUCUACAAGUGCCUGUCCACCAGAUUGGCAUGCUUCAACUUGGAGUGAAUGUUCCAGUGAAUGUGGUGAGGGAAUUCAAACACGAACAGUUGUAUGUGCUUCAAUGGUGGACUCUGAUUUAGAGGUACAGUCAGCUGAUGAAUGCGAUGCUACAACAAAACCAGCAAGCACACAGACAUGUGAAAGUGAGCCGUGUGAAGCAAUGUGGUUCUCUGGACCAUGGACACGGUGCACUGAACCAUGUGGUACUGGUGGAAGGAGUAGACAAGUAAUGUGUUUCUCUAGUGGCUCUAUUGUUGUAGAUGCAUUGUGUGACUUCGUAUCUAGACCGCAUGAUAGAGAACGAUGUAAUGAACAACCCUGUGAUGAAGAUAAUUCUCCAGUGUUUAUUGGCAAUCCUGUUGAAGCUUUAGAAUUGGAUUGUGAAGACAGUGAGUUUGGUUGUUGUUUGAAUGGGAUAACAGCUGCUGAUGGUCCAUUCCAGUAUGGAUGUCCACCGGUGUCAUAUAGAGAUUGUGUGGAUACAGUACAUGGAUGUUGUGAAGACGGAGAAACACCUGCCAGUGGUCCCGACUUUGAAGGAUGUGGACAAGAAAUACUCACUGGUUGCCAGGCAACAGAAUAUGGAUGCUGUGAUGAUGGAGUGAGCUUUGCACUUGCAGCAGAUAAGGCAGGUUGCCCUGAGAGUAAUGUAAUAGUGAAUUGUGUGUCAGCUCUCUAUGGUUGUUGUCCCGAUGGUUUGCAGGCUGCUAAGGGUCCGAAUAAUGAAGGAUGCGAUGAAGAAGAUGCGUGUUCCUCACCAUUGGACCGAGGGGACUGUAGAGCAUUUGUCACUAAGUGGUAUUUUGAGGAAGCCUACGGUAGAUGUACAAGAUUCUGGUAUGGUGGAUGUGAUGGAAAUGCUAACAGAUUUGACACUGAAGAUGGAUGUAUUAGUGAAUGUCUCCAAUCAGAUGCUGACCCACCCCAGGAAGUGUUAUGCACUCUACCAUAUGAAGUAGGACCAUGUAAAGGACAAUUCCCUAGUUGGUAUUUUGAUCCAGAUGCUGAUGAUGGACAUGGUGAAUGUAAACAAUUCAUGUUUGGUGGCUGCAAGGGAAAUAAGAAUAGAUUCCGUGACAAAUCUACCUGUGACCAUGCAUGUGGCACACUUACAAGAG